AUGUCGACCGGCAUCCCACCCCCCUCCUUCUCCAGCAGUCCGCUCGAAUCAACCGACGCGGGACAGAGAUGGGAAGGCGAAUACAUGGCCUGGCGCCCUCCAGGCGCAAAUGCAAAUACAUCCUCCGCCAACUCCAACGGCAGUACUGCUCCUCCCGACAUCGUCAAUAGCGCCGGAGCCUCCCCUCAUCCCUCCGUUCUCCCCAAUGGCAAAAUGUCACUUGCAGGCAUAUCCAUACGCGCGUUUUUCUUGGGGGUUGUCCUCGGAAUUUCGCUCAUCGCCACAAUCAUCCUUCUUGUAUGGCACCCCACGCCUCUAUGGCGAUUGCCAUUCUUUAUCUCGUCGCUUUGCCUCUUCCACUUCCUCGAAUUCUGGGUUACGGCUCAAUACAACACUCGCGACGCAGAGGUCUCUGCUUUCCUACUCACUGCCAACGGUGCUGCUUACAACAUCGCGCAUGGUUCGGCUAUGCUCGAAUGUUUCAUUUGGCAUUUUUUGCUAGCACCCAAAGAGGGAGCAGGAGGAGGGUCCUGGUACUCAGCUAUAAUCGUGUUCUUCGGGCUUGCGGCCAUGAUUGUCGGUCAGAUUGUGCGCACCGUGGCAAUGGCUACUGCAGGCAGCAAUUUUAAUCAUGUCGUGCAAGCACGGUAUCGAGAAGGUCAUGUACUGGUUACAGGCGGCGUGUAUAGUCUGCUACGACAUCCCAGUUACUUUGGCUUCUUCUGGUGGGGACUGGGCAGUCAGUUGGUCAUGCAGAAUGUCGUUUGCUUCAUUGGUUCGAGGAUACAACGGGAAGAGAGGUUUCUCGUUGCUUUUUUCGGGGAUGAUUAUAUUUCAUACAAGAGCAGGACUCCUGUUGGAAUUCCAUUCAUCGCGUAG